UUUAAGGAUAAAAAAGGACAACUCGUCAGUGUGUCACUGUCGGAAAAUAGUUUAUUUAUAUUUUGAUGAUUAUCCAUAAGAACCCUUCAAACUCUCCCACUCAACUCUCUCCUCACCUUGUCUCUUGCUCAUACUCUAGAGUUCUUCAGCUCCCCCACUCCGAUCCAUUCUUCUUCUCUAAUCUCAGGUAAAAGAUGCAAGCUGCGAUUCGUUCGUUUGUGUCCGGUGGAAACGUUGUGAAAGCCUCACUGCUGCAGCAUCUCCGUGUGAUCAACCCAGCGAUUCAGCCUUCUUCUGUGUUUUGCACGCGCUCCGAGUCGACUCAGACUUCUCGUAUGGAGGAGCAUGGGUUCGAGAGCACGACCAUCUCUGACGUCAUGAAGGCCAAAGGCAAAAGUGCUGAUGGGUCUUGGCUUUGGUGUACCACUGAUGACACUGUUUACGACGCUGUUAAAUCCAUGACUCAACACAAUGUUGGUGCCUUGGUGGUUGUGAAACCUGGUGAGCAGCAAUCUCUUGCUGGUAUCAUUACAGAGAGAGAUUAUCUAAGGAAGAUCAUAGUGCAAGGGAGAUCAUCCAAAUCAACAAAAGUAGGAGACAUUAUGACUGAAGAGAAUAAGCUUAUCACCGUUACACCAGAGACCAAGGUCUUGCGUGCUAUGCAGCUAAUGACAGAUAACCGGAUUAGGCACAUUCCGGUGAUAAAAGACAAGGGUAUGGUUGGAAUGGUGUCCAUAGGAGAUGUGGUCCGUGCAGUGGUGACUGAGCAUCGUGAGGAGCUUAACCGCCUAAAUGCUUUUAUCCAGGGUGGUUACUAGACGGUUUGAAGAUUGGUAAGAAAAGUGUUACGUACCGUGUUUUAUCCUCUGCUUGAUGAUCCUCUAAAGCUUUUAAGAUCGAAUGUAAAUAUGGAGUCUUCUCUGAUUUUUGUUGUUGUUGUUGUUGUCUGUCGUUUUCAUUGGUUAACUUGUCAAGACUUGGUUUUUGAGCUACUCUGCAAGAUAAUAAAACAAAAGGACUCUCCUCUUUAUUGAA